AUGUCUGGUAGAAGUAAUGAAGCGAAUAAUUUAUGUGAUAGAACAAUGUUAAAAGCAAUUUCAUUACUUGGAAUUGGCUUUAUGUCUAUUUUUCUCGUCGGUUUCCUUGGCGUUUACCAUAAUUCACAUUCGAUAAAAGCAGCCAAAUUUAAAAUUACUUCAAAAGAUAAUUAUCCAAGUAUGAUUGAUGUUUUACUAUCAAAUAUAAAUGGUCAUGAAAUUGCUAAAAAUUUGCGAUCUUUCACUACUUUACCACAUUCAGCUGGAACAAAAGCUAAUGCUAAAGUAGCUGAAAAGAUAUCAAAACUUUGGAAAGAUAAUGGUUUAGAAGGCGUUCAUUACGUGAAAUACGACGUCCUUCUAUCCUAUCCUGAUUAUAGCAAUCCUAAUCAUUUGCACAUAUUAGAUGAAAAUGAAAAAAUUUUAUAUACAACGAAAGGCAUCAGUCCUCCAUUGAUACCAAAGGAACAAAGUGCUGAAGGAGCUGGAAUGCAAUGGUUAGCUUAUUCAGCAAAUGGCACUAUUCGUGGACAAAUUAUUUAUUGUCAUUUUGGGCGGAAGGAGGAUUUUGAACGUUUAAAUUAUUAUGGUAUCGAUCCUAAGGGUAAAAUAGCAAUGAUGAGAUAUGGGAAAAUAUUUCGAGGUGAUAAAAUAUGGAAUGCUGAAAUGGCUGGUGCCAUUGGUGCUAUUUUAUUUUCGGAUCCUUUCGAGGUAGCACGAGAUGGUGUAGAGAAAGAAAAUGUAUACCCAAAUACUGAAUGGUUGCCAAACGUUGGUGUACAACGUGGUAGUAUUAUGCACGGUAGCGGUGAUCCGCUUUCGCCAUUAUAUCCAUCAAAAAAGAACUUAUAUCGCUCAAAAACUAUCAAAGAAGCUAUGACUGAUCAUGUGCUACCAACAAUACCAGUAUUACCAUUAAGUUAUUCGGAUGCUUAUCAGGUGCUCUCAUAUAUGCGCGGUUUUGUAGCACCAUUUGAUUGGCAAGGUGGAAUUAAUACAACAUAUUAUCUUGGACCUGAUAUGAAGGAAAAUAAUAAAAUUGAAAUUACUGUUCACUCGUCAUUGGAAAUCAGAACAAUUCGAAAUGUAAUAGGAUAUAUUCGUGGUGCAACAGAUCCUGAUAAGUAUGUUAUCUUAGGUAAUCACUAUGAUGCUUGGAUUUAUGGUGCAUUAGAUCCAAAUAGCGGUACAGCGAUACUAGGUGAAGUUGCAAGAGGUAUUGUGCAAAUGAUGAAAAUAACAAAUUGGAGGCCAGCAAGGACAAUUAUAUUUUGUAAUUGGGAUGCUGAAGAAUAUGGCUUAAUUGGUUCAACAGAAUUUGUCGAAGAAUAUGCAAAUUUAUUGAGUCAACGAACAGUAGCAUAUUUCAAUGUGGACAAUAUACACUCCAAUCAUUCUUUGCAUGUGAAUACGGUACCUACGUUAUAUCAGUUUAUGGCAGAAAUAUCAAAAUUAAUUCCAAAUCCAAUGGAAUCAGAGAAAAAAAGUGGUCGAAAAACUAUUUAUGAUACCUGGUUUAAAACUUUUCCAAGUGAUAUUAGUUUUUUGCCGGAUAUACCAUCAAUGCCAAUUCCGGGAAGUGAAAGUGAUCAUGUAGCAUUUUUGAAUUAUCUUGGCAUACCUGUUGCUGAUAUCUCUUACAAGAAUAAGACAUCGCAUAGUAAUUAUCCAUUGUACCAUUCACUGUACGAGACAGCAUUCGCUAAUGAGCACAUCAUUGAUACGAAUAAUUUAGCGGUUCAUGAAGCUGUGGGCAAAUAUUGGGCAGCAAUUGCUUGCAAAUUUGCUGAUUUAAGCAUACUUCCAAUAAAUAUCACAAAUCUUGCUCUUAGUAUUGUUCACAUUUACACUCCACCAAUUAAGCAAUCAUUGGAUAAAUUGAAACAUUAUGAAGAAAUGUUAUAUGAUGCUAAACAUCAGUUUAAUUACCUACUUAAUACUUCAAUGGAAUUUCUGGAAUAUGCAAAAAAAUUUGAUAAUAUUAUUCGACAUGCUUUACUCAGCUAUAUCACUAAUUUGUAUGAUUUGAGAAAUUUUUCAUGGAUAAAUGAUCGUUUGAUGGGAGUUGAACGAUGUUUUAUCAACCCACGUGGUAUACCCAAUGAACCAUCACAGCGACAUUUAUUAUUUAGCGUCAGCAAUAAAAAUAAAUAUCGCUUUAUAAGUAUUAUUCAUGAUGCGAUAGAUGCAUUCAAAGCAGCACGAAAUGACGAUGAACGCAUUCUAAGUGUACGUCAAAUUGCAUUUCAGAUUUCUGUAAUUCAAAAUUCUAUCGAAUGUGCAAUUAGCAUGUUAAAAGAUAGAAUUUAA